AUGCUGUCCAAAGAGUCAUUCAUCAAGGCCUCGUGCACCGUUUGGGGCGUCUACGCCGUCCAGAUGCUCGCGACGCCUAAGAUGCUCACCGAGUCCCACUUCCACGACGCGUCGACGCCCCUCUCGGCGAGCCAACUCCGAACCCCUGACACGCAGACGCGCAAGCAAGUGGACUGGCUCCACCGCGUGCUCAAGCUCGAGACGGCAGAGGCGUACAAGAUUGUCCUGCCGUGGAUCGUCGCCACCGGCCUCCUCUACCCUUGGUCCGCAAAGCUGGGGCUCUUCUCUGAGGCAAGCAGCGACACGGCAUUCCAGCUCACGCUAUUCGUCAUCCUCCCCGCGAUGGGCCUGCUCGCCGGGAUGUGA